GAAGAGGGAAGGGCCGACCUAGCAGUAGCGGCCAGAGGUCCUGUGUAUCACUCCUGAGGGUGAGAGAUGAAAGAAGCACAAAAAGAACCAUCGAGAAGCGCCAUAUGUGCCCCGCUGGUUGGCUGUGCUGCUCAUUGUAGGCAUCCCCUCAUCCGUUUGGCGUCGGCCGCCCACCAUGUGGCAGCGCGUGUUGUCAGGCCAGCCUCCUGACGGCAUGAAUGAGGGCUGAUCUACGCCAGGGAAUCUGUGUCAAUGACCAGCUCGAGAUAUCGUCCCUCCGGCAUCAAUGCAGCCACCGCAACGCUCUCGUCGCCAGACGAGCUGCCAGAUAAUGCCCUCGACAACAGUCUGAGGGCGGUGGCCGCGGAGGCCGCCGAAGCUGUGAUCAGCGGACGUGGAGACCGCGAGGCCCUGAGGAAGAAGCUGCUCGACCAGCGUAAGAAGCUGCUCGACCAGCAUGUGCUGACGCGCGUCUUUCACGCAUUCACCGAUGGCGGCAACACGGUCCGCCAGGACAUUGCUGCAUGCGUGCUGAUCCACCACGCCACACACAAGGACCUCGCCCACGCCAUCAUCUGUCUAUGUGGGUCGCCUCAACGGUUCAUCAGCAGUCUCGCCCCACUGCUGACAGAGACCGACCAUGACGGCGUUGCGACCGUCACCUUGGCACUGCUGCGUAUGGCCAUGACCAAGGGCCGAGAGGAGGGAAAUGCGGCCGACUAUCGAGACCAUUGUGUGCAGCACCACCCCGCCGUCUUCGGCAAGGCAGUGGCGCUGGCGGGCAAGAUCGCAGGGGAGCGCAGCAUGCAGGCCGUCAACUUCCUGCUGUCGGCCUUUUCGCCCGAUGGUGAAUUCGGCCCGCCCUUCCCGGGCCCUUCUGCUGUGUCGACAUUGGUGUGGGUGGGAUUGUUUCGGGUCGUCGUGCGCGUGCUGACUUGUGAGGACCAGGAAACUCGCGACGAAUUGUAAGCCAACAGUUGAUGGCCAGGGACAGGCAGACGGGGGGAGAAUGGCUCUUUCUGAUGCUGCUCUCUCUCUUUUCUUUUUUGUCUUGUUGUUUGUUUGACUGCUUCAGUUUUGGCCGCGGUGUGUCUGUCACAGCACUCAUCAAGGAGCACAUUACAUCUGUGGCCCACACGGGUAUGUAUGUAGUCAGGAUGAGGCUACCUACAUAGACAGACCCACACUGUCUGUGGUCGUGCUGAUGUGCUGAUGGUGGCUGACCUCAGGAUCGAAUGAUGACCAUGCUGCGUACCUGGCUGCGAUGGACGAGCAUGUCUACGAGUACGUCGACACGAUGGCGGCCACCCUGACGUCUCGCCAGGCAGACAGGCAGGUGCGUGCGGGGGCCGCCGUCUGCCUCAUGCGCAUCUUCGACUUCUGCUCCGAAUUCGCGAACGCCGCAGAGAUAGGUCAGUGCACGGGUGUGUGUGACAUCGCAUCAAUUGCUGGCUGGCUGCGUGUUUGCGUCUGGGCAGGUCCGGCUUACCUUGCGACUCUGUCGGAUGGCCCCGUCCAGCGUUUGAUGAGAGUGCCCAAGGCCCUGCAGGCAUACGCCGCGGCCGCCAAGGACCUCAGCAUCAACAUGGCUGCUUGCUCUCUAGCAUCAACAUGGCUGGUUGUCCCGCAGAUGCUGGCCGGUGAGCGAAUCAAACGAGGGCUGCAUGGGUGGGAAGUUAACGAAGCAAUGCCUUCUUGUGGGUGUGCUGCAUAAAUGUCUGCAGCGUGUGGCCAUCGUGAUGCCGUGUACUCUUCCGGAUGCAUCUCGAUGGCGUCGGAUACCGCCAAGCGCCUCGACAAGAGGCCUCUUGUCGAGGUGGCCCCCUGUGCGGCGGCUCUUCAGAACAUCGUCGGACGCGACACAGACCUCACCGACGUGCGCGCCAAGGUCAGUCCGGAUGGAUGGAUGGAUGCGUCCACGGUCAUUGUGUGUUGCCCAUUUGCAGAUUGCUGUGCGUGACGGCCUUCCAGGGGUGCUGUGUGACGUGGCCCACGCCUGCAUCAAGGGGGGUCACAUCGAUCAACAGAAGGUGAAUGAGUUCAUAGACUUCGCCGUCAGAAAUCUUCAGGCACUCGUCAGGUACGCACACACACACACAGACGCCUGUGGUGGGCGAUUGGCGUCUUGGUUGAGGAUGAUGGGUAUUCCUGUGUGGAUGUGUCUUGCCGGUGCAGCUAUGGUGAUCGCGUGAGCAGCCGAGGGGGCAAGUUCCGGCCCAACAGCGUCACGCAGGCCAUUCUGCAGCACGAGGCCGUCAAGACGAUGCGGGCGGCCGCUGCCCGGCCGCCGGCGAGACGCAAGGGACACCAGCAGCAGCAGCAGCAGCAAUUGACAGUGCCCAAGAAGGUGGGAAGUUAUGGGCACGUGACGGCUCACACGGGCAGUGUCCAUAUCGAUGUACGUAUCGUGUGUCAGCUGUUGGAUCUGUUUGACGAGAUAGAGAGUGCGGCCAGCAAGCGUGCUGAGAGGCUCAUCGCAGAGCUGGACAUUGAGGGCACACAGGAGGGGGCCGAGGACACCAACGGCAGCAAGGGCGUCAAGAAGAAGUCCUCCAAGGGCAAGAGGGGCGGCAAGGGAGCCUCUACCAAGGAGUCGCCGUCACCAUCCAGGUCACCGCCAGAAAAAGAAAGAGCACAUCCACGUAAAUGAGCGGAAUGUGUGUGCGUGUGUAUGUGCCGAUCGAUAGCUGUGGCGCCAACAACGUAUCGGAAGACCACAGCGAGCGGCAAGAUGAGGACACAGAGGAGCAUGAUGGCCUUCCAGGUCCCCCCGGCCCGUCGCCCCCCUCCCCUCCCCGACCCUCAUACUCGUACUCAUCGUCCUCCGCAUCGGCUGCUGGCGGAACCUCUGUGUCGGUGGGGGGAGGCCAUGGGCAGCAGCAAGGGGCGGGUGGCGGUGGCGAUGAUGGCGGCGGCUUCCUCACCGUCGGCCGCAAAAGGAGGGGCGGCAAAGGCACUGGCGCCCACACACAGCAGCAGACCAACAUAGCUGACAAACCAGUCGAGAAGUAAAGCCGACCAAAGCACUCCACCACACUGAGCACUGACAACUCCGGUGUGCCUGUGUCAUCAGCUCGGGAGUCUUCCCGUCAUCGUCUUCGUCCGAGUCGACGCGGCCCUCCUCAUCGCAGUCGUCUGUGUCUGGCGGCCCCCGCAACGCGCCAGCCGUGCCCUUCCCUCUGCCGCCCCGCCCGGCCGCCCCGCCCCCACAGCCUCCCAACAGACACACAUAUACACCCACACCCACACCAGCACCAUCCAGCAGCCGUGGUGGCUCUGACGAGCAGGGCCUCGCCCCAUCGGCAGCCGGGGGCAGUAGCAGUAGCACUUUGGAGAGGGCGGUGGAGGUGGAGGGCCGCGGUGGUCAGCACAGGUACGCACAGAGCAGCCGAGAAGCAGACACCUGUCCUUCUGUCAAUUGCGUGUGUGGUCGCCUCCAGGUGUGGUGGUGGGGUGAGUGAGUUGGAUGCGCUGCACCAGCAGCUCGAGGCCAUGAGAGUCGAGAAGGAGGCCAUGCAGAGGACAAACGAGGCCAUACUCAAGGAAAUCAAGCGCGAGAAGGAGAGGUAAUCCUACCAACACCUGACCUGCACACACUAUGGGCGACUGCAUUCACCGCUGUUUGUUUGCUGCAGACUAGAGGAGAGCACUGAGUGUGACAUCUGCAUGGCUGAGAAGAAGUCCAUCGUACUCAUCCCAUGUGUAAGCCGACGCACAGGCACAACGGCUCACCUGUCCCUCUCAGCCAUCAUGCGCUGCCCACCUCUGUGUGUGUGUGUGUGUGUGUGUGUGUUUACAGCGCCACUUCUGUCUGUGCGGUGUGUGCUGCGGCCUUGAUGUCCAAGCCAGUGGCCCAGCGGCCGUGUCCCCGGUGCCGACAGGCCAUCACGGCCACUCGACACGUCUAUCUGUGAGUGCGGGGCCAUGUUGUUAGCGACCUACUCGUGUGGUGCUACGGCGCACGAGAGAGGAGGGGUGACUUUGAGGACAGACGGGGGAUGAUAGACACCCACCACCACCCAGGCACAUCGAGGGGGCGCGUGUGGUGGGUCGCAUGUGUAGACGGCAGCUGUCUGUGUGACUGUGCAUAGCUUAUCUGACUUGCUGGCUGACUGACUGAGUGGCAGGGAGGCGUGCAUCAUGAUGUGACCGUCGAUCGAUCGAUGGAUGUGUACAGACU